UGUUUACUCGUUAGUCAUUAUUGGUGCAAAUUAGUAGUCCCUAUAUUAUGGCAUAAUCCUUUUCACUAUUGGUGGCGUAGCUCUUCUCGACCUGUCGAAAAUGUUAUCGAAAAUAACUGGCACUUAUUGCGCAGAACUUAUAUUGCAACGCUAAAUGAAGUUGAAAAGGAAAUCCUACACCCCUAUGAUAGACGCUAUAAUCCCUCGCAACCGUUGUUUCAGUAUUCUGCGUAUUUAGAAAACUUUUCAUUUGCAGACAUCACAAAAAUAAUAGUAGAAGAUGAUACGCUUUUAGCUACACUCAUCGAAAAAGCUGGUAAAACUUUGUUGAACUUGCAAAUUGACAAGGUAUCCGGAAAAGUGGUGAUGUCAUUGUCUCAAUUCUGUCCAAACAUAUCAAAAUUCACGUUAGAAUACGAGGUACAGAACUAUAGCAUGUUUAUGGAUUAUUUAAAAGGGUCCAGUAUAAGUCAAUUAGUCAUUAAAUCUUAUGGUAUUUCAAUCGACUUAUUAAAUGGUUUGGCAAGAUAUGUUCCUUCUAGCUUAGAAGAAAUAUAUCUUUGUUGCCAUUUUAAACCGGAUUUUCUCAUGAUAUUUCUACUAGACUAUAGUGCUUUAUCAUUCAACACAUUGAAGACUUUAUGUAUUAAGGAUCUUGACGGUUAUUCUCAUGAAUACCUUAAGGUAAUUGAGCGUUAUUCUGUGUACAAUGCUUUUAAAACUAUUGUGAUAGAAACAAUGGUAUGUAUAGAUGAGUCAUCGGAUUUAAUUCAGAACAUUGGAAAGAAAGGAAUUAAUGUUGUUUUGCAAGAGGUGUUUUAG